UUCCUCACAGCGAAGCAGAUAUCCCCAUCGAUGUCGAAACAGUGACGCCCACGCCUGUGCCGCUCUACGACAACCAGAAAGCCCGCAGUGUGAUGAACGAGUGUGAGCGCCAUGUGAUGUUUGCGCGCACGGAUGCUGAUGCUCCUCCUCCGCCAGAUGACUGGGAGGAACACGUGAACAGGACAGGUUGGACAAUGGCCCAGAACAAGCUCUUUAAUAAGAUUCACAAAGCACUGCAGUCUGACAGGCUGGCUCGGCUGGCCAACGAAGGGGCUUGCAAUGAGCCAGUCCUCAGGAGGAUAGCAGUGGACAAAUGUGCUCGGAGGGUCCGUCAAGCUCUGGCCAGUGUGAACUGGGACACCAAACUGAUCCAGUGGCUUCACACAACGUUAGUGGAGACCCUCAGUUUGCCAGUGUUGGCUGCUUACUUGGAUGCUCUGCAAACGCUUAAAGGAAAGAUCCCCACCCUGAUUGACAGGAUGCUGCUUUCGUCUACCACGAAGACAGGGGCAGCGGGUGCUGAGGCUCUGUCUCUGCUACUGAAGAGACCUUGGGACCCAGCAGUGGGUGUCUUGUCCCAUAAUAAACCAAGCAAAUUGCCUGGUUCUCCCCUCAUCCUGAUUGCUUCCUCCGGACCCUCCAACUCUAUGUUCCCCACUUCUCGACGGCACCGGUUCUGGCAGUCACAGCUUUCCUGCUUAGGAAAGGUUUGUAUUACUGGUGAUUCCCGGCUGAACAACGGCAGCGGUGUGGGAGUGUUGCAGUGUCUUGAACACAUGAUCGGGGCAGUGAGAGGCAAAGUGGCGGAGAUUCACAACCACUUCUCGCACAAGCCGAUCAUCCUGAUCGGGUGGAACACAGGUGCCUUGGUGGCCUGUCAUGUUUCAGUGAUGGAGUACGUCACUGCAGUCGUGUGCCUUGGAUUCCCUCUUCUAACCGUGGAUGGACCCAGAGGGGACGUUGACGACCCCCUCCUGGAGAUGAAGACCCCUGUCCUCUUCGUGAUCGGUCAGAAUUCCCUGCAGUGUAACAUCGAAGCAAUGGAAGAUUUCCGUGAGAAAAUUCGAGCUGAUAACAGCAUGGUGGUGGUGGGAGGAGCAGAUGACAAUCUCAGGAUAAGCAAAGCCAAAAAGAAGUCAGAAGGCCUGACCCAGAGUAUGGUGGACAGGUGCAUCCAGGAUGAAAUAGCCGACUUCCUGACUGGAGUCCUUACCCGAGCGGAGAGCCACUCGGGCUCUGAUCCCCGUGACCUAGAUGCUGAGAAAAAGAAGAAGCCCCGGGACUCGACCAGGAGGGACCUGUCGUUUGACUUACCAGAAAGAACCAGCAGGCCUGCCUCGCCAGCAGCCAAAGUGCCUGCGUCGCCUUCGGGCUCGGAGGACCUAUCCAGUGUCUCCAGCAGCCCCACUUCAAGCCCCAAGACUAAAAUGGCUGCUGUGUCCUCCAUCCAGAAGCCCAGCCAGAUUAGCACCACACAGCUGCUGAAGAGGCAGGUCCCGAGGACGGACACGAUCCUGACGCACAAGCAGGCACAAGCUCAGUUUGCUGCUUUUCUGAAACAAAACAUGCUGGUGAGGAAAGCUCUUCCUCCUGGCACCUCUUCAUGUCUCUUUGUUCCAGUCUCCUCCGAGCCCUCGGAAGGGGCUGAGAAAGAUGAUGUGCGUAUGCAGCUGAAGAGGCACCAGACCCCCAGCCCGACCCAGUGCAGCAAAUCCUCCAAACGAGCCAAAAUCAAGGUGACCAUUGUCUCCCACGGAGAUGCUGCUGGCGUGGGGAACGGAGCGCCCCUCACCACCCAGCCAGAAAUCGUUGCCGGAAAGCCCAUCCCCGUGGCUGUUGGCCAGUCUGUGUCGGGUGCAAAGGAGCUGUCGGGCCUGCUCGCCACCCCCAAGUUGAGUUCGGCAACGGAAACCUCCUCCUGUAGUCCUGCCCCGUCUGCUGUGAUCCCCAGCAGCACGACGCCCAGUGCUUUCCAUGCCCUGCAGAGCAGGCUGGUGGCCAGCAGCGCCCACUGCAUGCAGGCCCAGCCGGCCAGUACCCUCCAAGGAGCAGCAUCUGCCAGUAGCCUGCUGCAAGGCCUGAGCUUCAGCCUGCAGGACAUCGGGACCAAGUCACCAGGCCUUCCUGCCAGCGUGGCUGCUGCUGGGCCGCCCGUGCAGACCUCAGCUGUGAAGACACCCGCGCCCAUCCAAAACCUGAGUGCCAUUACCACAGGCACUGGCACAAUUGUCCGCACCAUCCCGGUUGCCACCUCUUUGUCUCUGGGAGCCUCAGCAAGUGGGAAGCCCACAGCCAUUCACCAGCUGCUGACAAACGGGGGACUGGCGAAGCUAGCCAGCAGUCUCCCUGGCUUGGCUCAGAUCUCCAACCAGGCAGCAGGCUUGAAGGCCCCAACGACCAUUACUGUGACGCUGCGCGGGCAGCCCAGCCGAGUGACCACGCUUAGCCAGGCUGCGAUGGGGUCUAUCCAACCUCAGCUCGAGGAACAGCCGAUGCAGACACAAGCGCCUCAGGCUCCAGACGGCGCAGUUGGGAACUUGGCCGCCCCAGCUUCCAGUGCCGCCUCUCCUGGACGUCUCCUCCCCACGCGAGGGGACUUUUCUGGGGAGAGGUCAGGCUCUGCCCGUGGCCGUGGAAGCGCUGGGGUUUGUUUUGGGGUCUCGUUCUGGAGAACGAAUGAGGCAAUUUCCGCGUUCAGCCUGAAACCCUGCGAUGCCGCUGGGGGCUGCAGCCCAGGGCGGGCACCCACGUCCCCCGCAGCCGCUGACCGCUCUCUCCCCUUCUGCGCAGUGACCACCACCAGUCCCAUGAAGACGCUGUACGUCAUGUCGGACGCCAAGCUGUCUGCACUUACCAAGUCUGUGAUGGGUGAGGCUACCUCUGUCCCCCUCAAGCUGCCGGGCAUCCAGCCUUCCUCCUCCUCUUCCUCGUCUUCUGCCAGCUCUCCCACUGGUGCCGUCACCUUCGCUACCUCCCCCCUGGCCAGUGCCCCCAGCCCUCCCAGCAGCCUGGUGCACUCGAAGGUGGGACCCGUCCUGCAGACCGCUUCCAAGACCGUCAUCCUGACCUCGACGCUGGCCGCGGUGAAGGGCGACGGGCCCCUGGGACACAUUGGGGAGAAGGUCGGUCUGACCAAGAGCGCCUCGGCCCUGGGCCAUGCUCUGGGCGCAGUGGAGACCCUGGGGAGGGUUCCCUCCGUGGUGGACGACGGGAGCACCAUCAUCCACACCAGAGAGACUCUGGCCAACAGACACUUGCUGCCCCAGGGUAUGCUGCCCGGAGGGGCCCGCACCACGCUCAUAAGCCCGGGUGCAGAGGAAGCCCAGCAGCUCUUGCCAGAGAAGACUUAA